AUCCAUAGCAUAGAAAUAUUGCCUUCAUUUGAGUUUACAGUAAAACCUCAGCUGCUAUCAUGCUCCAGGUAUGUAAUAUUACUAACUGAAAAACAUUAGACAAGGUAAUGCAUUGAAAUGCAAUAAAUUAAAGUAAUAAAUUAUAAAAGUAUAAUCUCAUAACAGUGCAUAACUAAAAUUGUAUUUUUUUAUACAUUAACUUGUUCAGCAAAUUCUUUUGUUGGCUUUUUUCUCAGUGUAAAUCUAAGAGAUUUCAGAAUGGCUCAGACAAUGACCUUUGCCAUUGACGAGAUUAAUAAAAAUCAAAGUUUGCUUCCAAAUGUUUCUAUUGGUUAUCGAAUUUAUGAUACAUGUGGUUCAAGACUUUCUUCUAUGAGUGCAACUAUGGCAUUGAUGAAUGGUAAAGAAUUUUCUGCUGAGGAUAAAUGUAACGGACAGUCUGCCAUACAUGCCAUCAUAGGAGAAACUGAGUCUUCUGCUACAGUGAUUCUGUCCAGAACUACAGGACCUUUUAAAAUACCAGUGAUAAGUCACUCAGCCACAUGUGAAUGUCUUAGCAACAGGAAAAACCAUCCCUCUUUCUUUCGAACUAUUGCUAGUGAUUACCAUCAGAGCAGAGCACUUGCAUACAUAGUCAAGCACUUUGGCUGGUCAUGGGUGGGAGCUGUGAACAGUGACAAUGACUAUGGCAAUAAUGGAAUGGCAAUAUUUCUAAAUACAGCUCAGGAGGAGGGGAUUUGUGUUGAGUACUCAGAAAAAUUCUAUCGAACAGAUCCUGAGAAACUUAGAAAAGUAGUAGACACAAUUAAAAACAGCACUGCAAAAGUAAUUGUUGCAUUUCUUACCAGUUUGGAAAUGGAAAAUUUGCUUCAGGAACUAACUAAAGCUAACAUUACAGGACUCCAAAUUAUUGGUGUGGAAGCGUGGAUAACAGCAAACAGUUUGCUCACUCCAAACAGCUUUCGUGUUCUGGGAGGAUCAUUGGGGUUUGCAGUACCAAAGGUCAAUAUUCAAGGUUUUUCAAACUAUGUCAUAAAAGAUUUCUGGGAAACAGCUUUUCCAUGCUCAGAGACUGAGAUAAAUGUAUCUCAAUAUUCAUCAUUAAGUUGCAAUUCUUAUGAUGACCUGCUUUUGCUGAAAAAUUACAAUGAAGAUGUGCCUGAACAAAGAUAUGCAAGCAAUGUCUAUAAAGCAGUUUAUGCUGUGGCUCAUGCAUUACACAGUCUACUUAAAUGUAAAGUAAAUGAAGGUUGUAAGAAAGACCUGAAAAUACAACCUCAGCAGGUUGUUGACACUCUAAAAGAAAUAAAUUUCACCAUAAAUAUGGGAGAUCGUGUGUGGUUUGACAGCACUGGUGCCACAAUAGCCCAAUAUGAAGUCAUAAACUGGCAGCAAGGCUCUGAUGGAUCAAUCCAAUUUAAAACAGUGGGAUACUUUGAUGCCUCACUGCCACAUGACCAGCGCUUUGUUCUUAACACUGAAAGUAUAAUCUGGACUGGAGGACAACUUGAGGCAAAUAACAAUGCAAUAUUAACUGAUGGAGCUACAUAUCAAUAUAUAACAUUUAGAACAACGACAAAUAAUUAAUAUAAUAAUCAGUAAAUGAAAUUUAAACAACAACAAAAAACACUGGUACCAGCUCUAAUUGAACCAGCUUUUGUCCUUCAGAGGUUCUUUCCUGGAGUUUAGCUCUAUUCCUAAUCAUGGGCACAUUGAUAAAAUUCCAAUGCAUUCCUAAAUACAUGCACUGUGUUCCAUUUGGAAGGGCCCCUAAUUCCUUUAUAGAUUGACAAGUUUGAAGGCAUUAUGGCAUAGGAAUGGGCCCUUUGAAUGGAAUGCACUGUGCAACACCAAACACUUUCUCUGCAUUCAGGUUUUGUAUUUUUGUUUAAUCAAGGAUAAAGCUUAUCUACCAAGGGUAACAUCCAUCCAUUACUGUAGUUCGAGUUUAUGCAGAAUAAUGGAGUUUUGUUUUUUUACAUUCCAAAGGAUUUAAAAGAAUAAACAUGAACCAAACAUUAAUCAUUUGUGGACCAGGGUAAUAAUUGGUAAUAAUAGAUAAUAAUAAAUCAAAUCAGCUAAUUUUCUUUCAAAAUAUUUGAAAUUGAAUAAGAUAAAAUUGAAAAGUAACAAAAAGACUUGGCAAAGAAGUGGAGAAAUGUAAAUUUACUGAAUUUCUGGCACAAUUUUAGAUUUACUUUGGUUACAGAAUUUUUCAUUCAUCAGUCCACAGUAGUUUCCUUUACCUUUUUAUUAGUUCACAUAUGCCAUACUUAGUAAUGCUUUUAAAAAUUAAAAUUUUUAAAUUUGUAAAUCAUACAUCUUUCUAUGUAGAAGCCAAAGUCUGUGUGUAGUGAGAACUGCCCUGCCGGUACCAGGAAGGCUGUACAGAAAGGACGGCCUGUCUGCUGUUAUGACUGUAUUCCAUGUGCAGAUGGA